UUCACCGGGGUCAAAUUUCUUGGGCAAAUCAGAGCAGCCUCUUCGGUAACCGAUCGCAAGAAAGAAACAAGUGGAGCCCGAUUUCUUCUCUGGAAUUAUAAACUUUUUCACGGCCUCGGCUGAAGAAGUCGCCUUCAGAAUGACGACGAUGUAAAAAUCGGUGGCUAUAUCCGGCUCGACUCGUUAAUGCAUUUAAGGGAAUACAUAUUUAAGUAUUGAAUGAGUUCGGUUGGCUUUCGAUCCCCGAGCAGAGACCGUUUUGGGGCAGCACCGGAGAGGGACCGAGGGACAACACGGCAACGAGCACAUUUGUUACCCCGCUCAACAUGAACCUCAUCGGGGGCUACCAGCAUCACCACCACCUGAUGCACGAACCCUUCCCGUUCGUCCAGCGGUGUCACCAGGAUGCACCCUACUUCCAGAGUUGGGUGGUGAACCACGGCGAGAUGCCCCCGGACUUCCAGCUCCAGGCGCCCUACCCGGCCGCGGAGCACGGGGCGCCCGGAGUGACGCACGACGCCCGGCUGGAGGGGCUCCAGGCGGGGAUGGGGAAGAGGAGGACGUCGGGGCCGAAGAAGGAGCGCCGGCGGACGGAGAGCAUCAACACAGCUUUCGCCGAGCUGAGGGAGUGUAUCCCCAACGUCCCCGCGGACACUAAACUGUCUAAAAUUAAAACUUUACGCCUGGCGACCAGUUACAUCGCAUAUCUGAUGGACGUCCUGGCCAAAGACACCGGGGAGACGGAGGGCUUUAAGGCCGAGAUUAAGAAAUUUGAAAACCGGGAUCUUAAGAGGAAACGAGAGCUGAAUGACGGCCUGCAGGAGUCUUUGGGAGCCGAGAAGAAGGUAAAGGGCCGGACCGGGUGGCCGCAGCAGGUCUGGGCUCUGGAGCUCAACCAGUGACCCUCUAAAGAAAAAACCUCCUCACAGACUCUGGAUUCAAAUCAGAUAAAACCACUGACUGACUUUACCUAUACACACCGCUGUGCGCGUGCAGUGAUGCACAGAAAGAGAGAAUGAAAGGACAACAUGCAGGUGAAAACACCUCACGGACACUUUGUUGAUCUUCUUCUCUCCCGGUGUGGUUUGAAAUCACAGAUCUGACUGUAGGCGUUUGAUAUUUGUGGUAUUUCUACUUUUUUGAUGUUUCCACCCCUCCAGUACUGUAGACCAGAUGUUGCCACGGUGUCAAAAAACAUCUGUCUCCCCUAAAAAUGUGUUUUUAUCUGGCGUCGAGCGGUGGUGUUUUCCACCUCUGAUGGCGCUGGAGCAGAAAAUAAAUACAUUUUAACACAUGUCAUGUGGAGUAAAUGCGGAGUGUGUUGUGGUCCGAGAGGAACGCCAUGUAGAGGUGCAAAAAUGAAACCAUUUUUAACUUUAUUUAAUUUCAGCCCUGCUUUCAUGCCGUUUAUUCCUGCCUGGGAAUUUUUAAGGGAAUUUAUCACAAAUCACUGCUCCGAAGAAUAUUUAUAUAUCAAUUUCAGAGUGAGCUACACGGAUAUUUUAGUCCAAUCAGAAAGCGGUUAUGACGCUCAGUUAUCUUAUAAUAAUUUGACUUUAUUUAUAACUUAAAUUGUUGGCAUACUUUACAUUUUUGACGCGUAAAAUUUAAUGAUCUGUUUUUAUUUCCUUCAGUUAUUGAGAUACGUGUUUGAUUUUAUUUCAUUACUCAGUAUGGCCUGAAAGUUUCGAUAGUUUGUAAAAUUUCAGCUGCAAAAAAAACAAGACACCACACGUGCAUGACUUCGUGUUAAAAUAAAAAUAAAUUAUAUAUUAAAUAACACUUUAAGAAUCAAUAAAUGAAUGCCCAGGCAGGUAAAAUAAAUUAAAAUAAAAUAAAAAUGAAUACAGGAUGAAUUUCCUACCGUGGUGUGAGGACGAUCCCAGAGGAAACGCAUUUUUAAGGGGAAACUUUUUUUUCUUUUCUGGCACCGUUUCCUCCCACUGAUUUUGGCGCAGUCAGAAUAUUUAAAAUAUUAUUAAUCAAGUAGCCUAUUUCCGGUCAGAUAUGUUACAAAAAAAACAAAAAAACAAAAA